AUGUCAUCCGCUGCACCCACCAUCGUCCUCUUGUCCUCCGAGGACCUCGAGCAACUCCGUGUCUGCAUCAAAUCUCGCGCCCUUCAGGAGAAGCUUUCUGCUAUCAAGAACCCUCACGGUGCCAUACUCAUGACCGCCUCUCCCAACCCUACUCAACGCCUUCUGUCCAUGUUCGAGGAGGAUGCAAAGGAGAAGCUCUUGCUCUACCUCAAGGAUCCCACUCAACCCUUCACCACAAUCCAAUCCGUCCCUUUGGAGCGCAACCAACGCAGAGAAGCACACAAUCUCAUCCGUCAAGUCUCGAACGACAAACUCGACUCUGGCCUCGACAACGAAACUUCUCGCAUCAACGUCUUUGUCAGAANNAAUAUGCAUCAAAGCAACAAGACAAACAAUCCCCUCGCCAGCAAAAGACUCAGCAGAAACGUCCUCCUACCAAAGNCAUCUCCCCAUUCGAACACCAAUGGCGUUCACAAAUCCACUCCUCGCAAGAAGCCGGCCACCAAGAGUCUCGCCUCUCGCAUAACCCCCUCAANNCACCCCCUCACCGCCGAGCAAAAGGCCAAGCUGGCCACUUACAUGGAGUCAAACACUCAGGCCACAGCAAAGAAGGAAGCUCCCGCAGCUGAAGCUGGUGCUGACGGUGGUCCUGUGAAGUCCGUCGAGGUUGUAACCUUGGGUCAGUCGCGUGUGGAGGUGACUUACAAGUGCACUCGCAAGGGUCAGGAGGAGCCUGAGUUGACCCCUGGAGAGGUCGCUGAGCAGGCAGAACGCAGGAAGAAUGCAGUGCCACCACACAAGCGCGGUGCUGCAUCUCAGGCUUGA